CGAUGGUCUCACGCUGUGCAGGUUAACCUGAAGCCCAAGAUGGUUAGCGUGGGCACACAGACUUCAAUCAGCCCACAAACCUCCACUCCCCUCGCUAGUCCUGAACAGACAGUUGACGACGACGAUGAUGAUAAUGCCACUGUCAUCAGUGACUUGUCGUGGGUGCCCGAAGAGCCGAUGGAUGAGGAGGAAUUGUUUGAUGAGGAGCCACCUUACACGUGUGACCCCCACCACAAUUGCAUUGACAAAUUCAUUGUUUGCCAAGAGGAGCUGAUGGGCCUUUUUGCCAUCUGUCCGGCCUGUUGUGAGAGGUCGGAUAGUAGCAUCGUGCAGCAGGAAGGAACUUUUGUUAAGAUCAAGCAGGUCUGUGCAUCAUGUGGCUGCCACCGUUUCUGGCAAAAUCAGCCAAUGCUCCACAGGAACAUGCCAACCUGCAACCUCCUGUUAAGUGGGGCCAUUCAUUUUACUGGAUGUUUGGCCACACAGACACUAAGAAUGUUGACCCUGUUUGGCCUGCAGUGCAUCAGUGCCAGCAGUUUCUUUCGCCAUCAGCGCCGCUACACCAUCCCUGUAAUCGUUCAGGCCUGGCAGAAUGAUCAAGCCAAGAAUUUUAGUGACCUACGGGCAAUGGAUGGCGGGCUAGUUCUUGCUGGUGACUGCAGGUCAGAUUCUCCUGGGCACUGCGCAAAGUAUGGGUCAUACUCUCUGAUAGAGGACAGAGUGAACAAGGUGGUGGAUGUUCAGCUUGUUCAGAGCUCAGAGGUCCCCAACAGCUCAUGGUGUGAGCUUGAAGGCCUCAAGCGCAGUGUUGGCCUGCUGAGGGGAAACGACCUGCAUUUGGCAACGCUGAUCACGGACCGACAUCGCCAGGUAUUUACAAUAAAAAUGCAGUAUAGAAUGUAAAUAUCUGAAUUGCA